AUCAUUAUUUCACUUUCUUAUCGUACUUGAUAAGAGAUCAACCAGGCUGUUAUUUUAUCUUAUCCUAUCUCCUUAUACAGAGUAGCUUGACCCAUAUAUUUCACGCUAUUUAAAAGUUAAAAGAGGUUUUAGUAGUUAAAGAAAGUUGCAAGAAAACGUAUUAUGCUGCAAGCUUCAAAAGUUCUUCAAUUUUCGCCUAAAUAUUUGUUACCUAGAAAUAUCCGGACAAUGGCUUCAGCGGCAUCUAGGGAUGUGCAGGUUUCCGUCACUCCGUCUUCCUGCCUUCACGAUGAGCCUGUGCAAAUCAGGGCGGAAGGACUUUCGCCUAAUCAGGAUGUUACUCUUUAUUUGUCUAUGAGGGAUACCAGGAAUGUUCAUUAUAUUUCAACUGCUCAUUAUAGAGCUGACAGCAAUGGACAGGUGGAUGUGGACACUAUGGAAUCCUUGGGGGGGAGUUACACCGGUCAUUUUCCCAUGGGACUUAUUGGCACCUUGCAUCCCGCUCCUUCAGAGUACAAAUUCACUCGCUUCUUCAAGAGGGAUGUCCUGAACCCUAACAUUGUAGAUUUAAGUGUAUUUGAUGGACACCUGACUGAAGAGAAAGUGUGCACUCCAGAGUGUGAGAAAGCCUUGGCCAGUACAAAGCACGAGCGUCACUACAUGGGGCCAGGAGUUCAACGAAUCCCAGUGCGCUAUGGAAAAGUUAGGGGCUCUCUCUUUCUCCCUGCAGGCGAAGGUCCCUUCCCUGGCGUAGUUGACAUGUUUGGGACGGCAGGCGGCCUCUUGGAGUACCGGUCGGCACAGCUGGCAUCAAGAGGGAUAGCUGCGUUGUCCCUUGCCUUCUUCGCCUAUGACGACCUGCCCAAGACACUGGAAGAAUUCAACAUUUCGUAUUUCGAGGAAGCCGUGGAGUUCCUUCUAAAGCAUGAAAAGGUGCGUGGUCCAGGGGUAGGGGUCAUUGGAACUAGCAAGGGGGGAGACCUGGCUUUGUCCAUGGCAGCAUUUAUUCCGUCUAUUAUAGCUUGCGUUACAAUCAAUUGUUACAGCUCUCCAAUUGGUGUGGGAAUGCGUGUUAAGGAUCGUCUCUAUCCCUGUCUGCCAGGACAUGAUUUGCAAAAUGUUUGUCUUGAUAACGAAGGUGCCGUUGUCAUACGUAGAGAUGUGCGUGACCCUCGUAAAAGCAAAGAGUCAACCCUCCCCAUCGAACAGAGCAAUGCAGCUUUUUUGUUCCUUGUUGGCAGCGACGAUCAAAACAUACACUCAGAAUUUUAUGCCCAGUUGGCCUGUCAGCAACUACGUUCACACAACUACCAAAAAUGGUUUGAGGUCUGCUCAUACCCUGGAGCAGGCCAUCUUCUGGAGCCGCCAUACUCACCUCAUUGCUCGGCAUCAUUCCAGCACACCUUUAUGCUGCCAGUCCGCUGGGGGGGGAGAAGCAAGUUCCACAUCCUUGCACAGGAAAAGGCUUGGUACAAGAUGAGGGAGUUUUUGCUCCAACAUUUAGGCUGUGACAAUAAUGUGGUGAAAGAAGCAGACUGUCAGAAAGUUACAUUUUUGAAGAGUAAUUUGUAAUUGGUUUUCUUAACAUUGUAGCUUGUUUGGAUAGGAAAGUGGUUGAAAAAGUAACAAAUUUUCAAGGUUUGGAAAAUCAUAAGUACCAUUAUUGCAUAAAAGGCUAUGAUCCAGUCAUCCUUUCUCUUUCUCUCUCUUCUUUUUCUUAGUAGUAGUAGUAGUAGUAAUAGUAGUAGUUCUAUUCUUAGUCGUCUUCUUCUUCUUCUUCGUCUUCUUCUUCAUUGUCUUCUUCUUCUUCGUCUUUUUCUUCUUCUUUGUCUUCUUCUUUGUCUUCUUCUUCUUUGUCUUCUUCUUCUUAGUCUUCUUCUUCUAAUUAGAUGAUUUUCAAAGUGAAUGGAGGAUGACUGGAAUUACAUAUUUAUGAAAUUGCAGAAUUCCAUUAGUUGUAGAGAAAGCCAGUUAAAUGCAAUCCUAAUAACAUAUUUCCAUGGCUGGCUCCUUCAUGUAUUCUAUACUGUUAACACUUUCAUUGAUGGUUGUAGAUAAUGGAAUACGGUAAUUCAUAUAAGAAGUGCCUUCUUAUUCUUGUAUUUAUGUUAUUUAUACUGUUUGAGGUGAGCUUUUGAAUUAGCACUUUGAGCUAGACGUCUCAAUCAUAUCAUCUUGUGUGAUAUAUUUUUAAGUAAAUAUUUUGGGUUUGUGAUUUUUUUUUUUUUUUUUUUGGACAUCCAUAGAUGGUAUAUAUAUGGUUUCUAUAUGGUGACUUUAGGAUGAAUAUUUAUUAGUUUUCAGUCAAGUAUUUCCUCCAGAGAUGUGAUAUCUCUUAAUCUUCAACUAGUAAACUUGAGGUUGUCAUCAUCAUAACACUUGUAGAGUUUUGAUUAGAGUGAGUUAUUUCACAAGAUCAAGUAUUCAUUAUUUUUAUUCUACAGUCUUUAUUAGGUCUAUUCAGUCCUGAAGUCUUUUCUGUUGAUACACUGAGUACUUGAUCUAUGCAUGUGAAAUUUUUCAUUUUCUUUAGUUGCUUCUCCACUUUGGUUCCUGAAUAUAAGAAGCAUUGUUGAAUCAUUUGUUGUAUUCUAGCUUUUAAUCUGUUGGAUCUGGGUGAUUUGCAGCCCACACUGAAUUCCAGGCAUUAGGCUUUCGUGAGUGGCGACUGUCUCUUUUUCUGCAUAAGUAAUACUUUUGCUUUUUUUACCAUUUUCCAAGAUCUAUAUUUGUCAUUUCAUGUACUGUAUCAAGACAAUUACAAUAUGUAACUUAGUGUUAUUUGUGUCAUUUUUGGAAUGUUCAUAUUAUUCAAUUUUAUGGAGCACACCCUGCACUGCCAAUCAAGGCAGACAGUAAUAGGAUCCUGAGCAUGAGCUUGGAAGGAGUGUCUUCCCUGAGGCCGGCACUCUAUCAACCUUGGCUCUUGGAUGAUACAUUGCAACCUCAUUUACUGGUGGAAAUAAUGCAAGAGUCCCUCCUUAAAUGGCCACUGAAUCUAAUCUUCCUCUAAGCCCUCAACCAAAAUUUUCCAAUGGAACAUAUUCCUGUUUUCUAGCCCUCAGCCAGAUUAUUUUCAUGACAGGACAGUCACGUCAUCCAGAUCCAAUCGGUUUAUUUUUAAUGUGCACCCAUAGGAGGAUUCCAUUCUUGUAAAUGCCUUAGGAAUAUGAGUAUUUAAUAGGAAAUAGAAAGAUGAUAACAGUAUAAUAAAGGUAAUAGUAUAUUUAUGGUUGUAAUUGUGAUAUUUUUUUUACAUGUGUACAUUUAUAGAUUUGGAAAUCUAGAGAACAAAGUAGUAUUUUUUAUUCAACUAUAUAGACUAUAUGUUGUUUUUAAUUGGAGAUGUACAUAAAUGAAACUUAUAAAUACAGCAUUUAUUUUAUGGUAAAGAAAUUUAUUAAUAUAUGCCUUCUCAAAUCUGCUUUAUCUGCAGUGUAAUGUGCUUUCAAGUGUAAGCUCUAAAAAAAAAAAAACAGAAAAAAACAUGUAUAUAAUUAUGUUCACAUUUAGCAGACUAUAUUAGCAAGAUUAUUGCAGUAAUAGUUUAGAUAUUACACAAAGUAGCUAAACAGAUUAUUGAUAGAAAAUAUAUGUUACUCUUUUCUCUCUAUUUUAGAAUACAGAGAAACUGAUUAGAAACAUUGAUGAUACGAACUCACGCAACAUUCAUAGUUGUAAAAGAUUCUUAACCCAUAGAUGGCUUUACAAGUGCUCAGUCACCAAGGAAUCAAUAAGUAGGCAUAUGUCACCUCACCUGAUUUCCCUUGUCCUCGAAGUUUUAGGAUUUAUUUUUGUUUCUAAUGCUUUUGAUAUUGAUAUUGUUAUUAUUGUUAUUGGCAUUAUGAGUAUUGUAAUGCCAUUACAAUACUAAUAGCUAUGAAAAAAUAUAAUAUAAUAUUUUCAAAAAUCGGGGAAAAUGGUAAAUAGAUGAGAUGGGUAGGAGUAGUAACUGACGCCUGGGUGACUGUGCACUUGUGGAGCCUUCUACGAGAUGUGUAAAUACAUUUAAUAAACAAAAUCACAAUGGUCAUGGCAUGAACACACAUGCUGUCUCUGGUGGCACUGGGUAAAGAGUUCAUGAAUAUCAUAAAGAAUCAGUUGCAUUCAGAUGGAAUUUAAUAUCCAAGGUAUGACACCUCUCUCUGCACAACUCUUACUGAUGUGUAAAUAUCUUGGGGGGGGUGGGGUGAAUAAUUACCUCGUUUUUGAGAAAAAAUUUAGCAUCUAUGAAGCAUUUAGCAUCUAUGAAGCAUUAAGUGAAAUGUAGGAUGAUAAAGAAGUUAUAUAACUCACUGCAAAUGGAAGAGUGUGAUGUACUGUGACCAGGCUAUUAAACAGCUCAAAAAAGCUGGACGUAAUAGUAGCAUUAAAAGCCAAAAAAAAAUCUCCAAAAUACUCAAGGAAUUGGGAAAUCAGGUGGUCACAUAGUCAACUAAUUGACUCCAUGGUGGCUGAACACUUGUGGAGACAUCUAUGUAUAAACACAUUUCACAAAACAAAACUACAGUGAACAUUUCUGGUUUCUAGCAGCAGUGAGUUAAUUCAUUAUGUAAUAUGUGUGUGGAAGCCUCAUUUUCUUUCUUUCUUUCUUUUUUUUCUUUUUUCUUUUUUUUAAGGGUCCAUAUCAGGAAUCUGGCAAUUAGAAAAAAUCCAGAGUUUAUUGGAAAGUUGAUCUGUUUUUGUUCUGUGUUCCACAAAUAGUAUUUGUAAACAAACAAGAAAAACAACAUAGCAUGCAUAUUUUACAAUACAUUUCACAGUUUUAUUUUGUAAAUUGGGAUGGCUAGUUUGAAGUUUACCUUUUAAACAAGAAAAGAUAUUGUUAGAAAGCAAAUAUUGGAUUUGUGCAAUUUGAAAUGCUUUGUGGAUAGAGCUCUGAUAUUUGUUUAAUACAAUAUAGGGAAUUAUAGCUCUUACCUUGAUUGCAAAGAAUUAUUUUUUAGAUGAUCAAUGUCAGGAAAAUAUAUUUAAUGGCAUGAAAUUAGAUACUCUUGCAUCUAGACCAUGCAUCAUACCUAUGCCACAGACAAAAAAGGAAACAAAAUUAAGACAGAACCUUUGUUCCUUACUUAUGGUGGCUGCCAAUAAUGGCAUUUCUGAUAAGCAGUCACAAGUCAGUAAAAAUAAGGAUUUAUAAUGUUUGCUGGUGCUUCUAGCUUACUUCAUUCUUACAGA